AUGAUGCUGGAACAGACCACUUCUGGGGGAGUUUUAUCAGGGGAGGACGAACACAAGAAAUCUGGCAAUCCAUUUCAUAUCAGUGGCUCUGAGAUGAACUGGACAGACGCUCAGAGCUACUGCAGAAAACAUUACACUGACCUGAUCAGUGGAGUCAAACAGCUAAAAGACUUCAAGACACAGUGCCAGAAUGAUGCAAAGGGAUGUUUCUGGAUCGGCCUGUUCAGAGACUCUUUCUGGAGUUGGUCAGAUGGGAGAAGUUUCUCUUUCAGAUCCUGGGAUCAAGAUUUAGUGAUCCUGAUCAACCAGAGCAUGAUCUGGGAGGAUGCGUUAUACUACUGCAGAGAUCACUAUGUCGACCUCGUCUCCAUCACCAACCUGGACCAGCAGCUCUGGGUCCAGGAGAGAGCCAAGAUGGCCUCCACUCCCUACGUGUGGCUGGGUCUGCGCUACACCUGCACUCUGGACUUCUGGUUCUGGGUCAGUGAAGAGACGGUCCGCUACAAGAACUGGGGCCCCGGCCAGUCUGGGGACGACUGCAACAUGUCUGGAGCCAUGGACCGAAAUGGAACUUGGGUCAAACUGAUCGAUGAUGACCACAAGCUUAACUUCAUCUGUUCCAAGUAA